UUGAUGUACAUUUAGGUUUUUAAGAAGUUGAUUUGUUGUAAAUGUAACUUGUUGAAAUUCUUGUCAGAUAUGGUUUCCACUAUGAGAGAAAUUCUGAGGCAAGGCAUGUCUGUGAAUCUCUACAUGUUCCACGGAGGCUCCAGUUUUGGCUUCAUGAGCGGAGCACUGGCUGAUCCUUCCUACAAAGCUUUGGUCCCCAGCUACGAUUAUGACGCUCCCUUGUCUGAAGCGGGGGAGUACACUCCAAAAUACCAUCUCCUCAGGGAUCUACUUUCCAGAUACAACAGAGGAGAUAGUUUACCUGACAUGACAGCCCUGCAUUACAGGGAGGCUUAUGAACCAGCCAUCAUGUACCAGCACCUGUCAUUAUGGGAUGCUUUGAGCUUCACUGAGGGACCAUUUAAAUCACCCAAACCUGUGAGCAUGGAGAAUCUACCUGUGAACAAUGGGAACGGACAGUCCUACGGAUACACGCUGUAUGAAACUACAAUCACCAGCGGAGGGUUGUUGAAGUCUGGGGAUAACGUCCGAGACCGAGCGCUAGUGUUCGUAGACAGAAGCUACAUCGGCCUUUUCAAGCGCCAGAACCUGGAGCUUGCAGUUCCUGGUGGUAAGGGACGACGCACCUUAAGUUUGCUGGUGGAGAACUGUGGAAGAGUCCAUCAGGGAAGGGACCUUGACAAACAACAUAAAGGCCUUGUGGGAGACAUUUUAUUAAACAACAUCCCCUUGCGGGAUUUUACGAUUUACAGCCUGGAUAUGAAACCUGGCUUUAUUGAUAGUCUCUAUCAGGCACCUUGGAAAUCCCUCCCUGAAACUCCUAGCUUCCCUGGAUUUUUCAUGGGAAGGCUGUUUGCAUACGGGUAUCCGAGUGACACGUUUGUGAAGCUGCCAGCCUGGGAGAAAGGCGCAGUGUUUAUCAACGGUAUUAAUCUGGGUCGCUACUGGUCGAUUGGCCCCCAGCAGGCUCUCUACCUCCCCGGCCCCUUUAUCAAUAGUGGAAUCAACCAGGUCAUAGUGUUUGAAGAGCAGGAGGGUGACUUUAAGGUCCUCUUUGAGGAUACACCUGAUCUUGGAAUGGCAGCAGAAAUCCAGUGAAUGUUCUUUUUAGAUCAGCUUGAAAUUUGCAGUUCAGAACAAUUUUUUUUUUUUUAAUGUGCACAUAUGUAAAGAUUGGGGUGUUCAAAUGUGAGUAUUGUGUAGCUAUGUACAUAGAAUACUUUUAGUGCAAGUGGUUUUUAACACAGAGAAGAAGUAUAUUCUCUUGCCAACGGCGUCCAAAUUGUUUAAAAGAGUAAUACGUUCUGCUGGGGAUGGAAGUUAUAUUUGAUGUUUAUAGUAAAUAUGUAUGGCUUAACAUUUAUUGCAUUACAAAGACAAAGUUAAUGUGAACAGCUUUAAUAUGAAACACAAGUUGUAUUGCAGCAACAUAAGUAAUUUAUCAUUGAGUGAACAUUGUCUUUGAAUGCCUGACACAUGAAGAACUGACCAGACUCCUAACAGUCCCAUAGUCUAAAUAACAUUUGUACGUUGUGCCAGUGCAAGUCAGUGGGGUAUGAAAUCAUCCUGAAUCCCCCCAUCAGUUGGUCAUUCAUGGUGGGAAUAAUUGUGAUUGUUUAAUGUGGCAAUUUGAAAGGAUGCACGUCCAGUGUUCAGAGUAAUGGCUUCAUAUUCCAUGGACUCGCACAUGCAUAACUGAUGAAUAAUACGUGAAUGUACCAGUUACUAUCGAACAAUAAAUAAUUCUUCUGAGAAUCCUUUUGUUCGAUCAGUGGGCCCUUAACAAGCUGACGAAGAUGGAAAGUAGGGAUAUUACAUCUUCUCUAUAUAUAAGUAGACCUCAGUUUUACAGAAUAUCAUAAAUAAAAUAAUCUUAAGUAAAUGACUAAGAGAAGACUAUUAUACAGUUCACUGAAACGUUUACUUUUUUUUUAUAAAAUGUAUUAUGUCAAAAUAUUUCACAUAACUGUAUUAUGUUA